UCCAAGUCUCAAGGAGUUAAGAGAUUACACCAGACCCCAGAGCUCAUGAGUGGUGAAGACAGAAUGAAGACCCAGGUUCUAACUCCAGAGUCUGCCUUCCCAACCUUUGCAAAGCAGGAGAUGGAGACAAGAAAGAAGAAGGGGGACUUUAAAAAGUCGUGGGCACCCCCAUCUCCCCGGGAGAAAAAGUGCGGUGGGCAGGCAUCGGGGCGCCGGCUGGAGGCGAACGCGCCAACCACGCGUGUCCGGACGCAGGUGCCUGGGGCGACGGCCACCACUCUGCAGCGUCCGCUCGGGAGGAGAGUUCGCGGCUGAUCUUGGGAUGCCUUGCAGAUGCAAAAUGUGUCUCUGGCCAGCAGGAGGAAGGAAGAGGAAGUGAGAGCAGCGGCAGCCGGCGGCGCAGCAGCCGGCGGACCCGGAGUGGAUAGACACGUGUGUCCGUCUGCCGCAGAGGAUCCCACUUGCACCGGCUUUGGACGUUCUCGGGAUUUGCAAUGCCGCCCCCCGCGGACAUCGUCAAGGUGGCCAUAGAAUGGCCGGGCGCCUACCCCAAACUCAUGGAAAUCGACCAGAAAAAACCACUGUCUGCAAUAAUAAAGGAAGUCUGUGAUGGGUGGUCCCUUGCCAACCACGAGUAUUUUGCACUGCAGCAUGCUGAUAGUUCAAACUUCUAUAUCACAGAAAAGAAUCGCAAUGAAAUAAAAAAUGGCACUAUCCUUCGAUUAACCACAUCUCCAGCUCAAAACGCCCAGCAGCUCCAUGAACGGAUUCAGUCGUCGAGUAUGGACGCCAAACUGGAGGCUCUGAAGGACCUGGCCAGCCUGUCGCGGGAUGUCACGUUUGCCCAGGAGUUUAUCAAUCUGGACGGCAUCUCUCUUCUCACACAGAUGGUGGAGAGCGGCACCGAACGAUACCAGAAAUUGCAGAAAAUCAUGAAGCCUUGCUUUGGAGACAUGCUGUCCUUCACCCUGACAGCUUUUGUGGAGCUGAUGGACCAUGGAAUAGUGUCCUGGGAUACAUUUUCAGUGGCAUUCAUUAAGAAGAUCGCAAGUUUUGUCAACAAGUCGGCCAUAGACGUCUCCAUCCUGCAGCGGUCCUUGGCCAUUCUGGAGUCCAUGGUGCUCAAUAGCCAUGACCUCUACCAGAAGGUGGCGCAGGAGAUCACCAUCGGCCAGCUCAUUCCCCAUCUUCAAGGGACAGAUCAAGAAAUCCAAACCUACACCAUCGCGGUGAUUAAUGCACUUUUCCUAAAGGCCCCUGAUGAGAGGAGGCAGGAGAUGGCGAAUAUUUUGGCUCAGAAGCAACUUCGUUCCAUCAUCUUGACACAUGUCAUCCGAGCUCAGCGGGCCAUCAACAAUGAAAUGGCACACCAGCUGUACGUGCUGCAGGUGCUGACCUUUAACCUUUUGGAAGACAGGAUGAUGACCAAGAUGGACCCGCAGGACCAGGCUCAGAGGGACAUCAUAUUUGAACUUCGAAGAAUUGCUUUUGAUGCAGAGUCUGAACCAAAUAACAGCAGCGGCAGCAUGGAGAAGCGCAAGUCCAUGUACACCCGGGAUUAUAAAAAACUUGGCUUCAUUAAUCAUGUCAACCCCGCCAUGGACUUUACCCAGACCCCUCCUGGGAUGUUAGCUCUGGACAAUAUGCUGUACUUUGCCAAGCACCACCAAGAUGCCUACAUCCGGAUCGUGCUUGAGAACAGUAGCCGAGAAGAUAAGCACGAAUGUCCCUUUGGCCGCAGUAGUAUAGAGCUGACCAAGAUGCUGUGUGAGAUCUUGAAAGUGGGCGAGCUGCCCAGUGAGACCUGCAACGACUUCCACCCGAUGUUCUUCACCCAUGACAGAUCCUUCGAGGAGUUUUUCUGCAUCUGUAUCCAGCUUCUGAACAAGACGUGGAAGGAAAUGAGAGCAACUUCUGAAGACUUCAACAAGGUAAUGCAGGUGGUGAAGGAGCAGGUUAUGAGAGCUCUUACAACCAAGCCUAGCUCCCUGGACCAGUUCAAGAGCAAACUGCAGAACCUGAGCUACACCGAGAUCCUGAAAAUCCGCCAGUCUGAGAGGAUGAACCAGGAAGAUUUCCAGUCUCGCCCAAUUUUGGAACUAAAGGAGAAGAUUCAGCCAGAAAUCUUGGAGCUGAUCAAACAACAACGCCUAAACCGCCUCGUAGAAGGGACCUGCUUCAGGAAACUCAACUGCCGGCGGAGGCAAGACAAAUUUUGGUAUUGUCGGCUUUCACCAAACCACAAGGUCCUGCACUAUGGAGACUUGGAGGAAAGUCCUCAGGGAGAAGUGCCCCAUGAUUCCUUGCAGGACAAACUGCCGGUGGCAGAUAUCAAAGCUGUGGUGACGGGAAAGGACUGCCCUCAUAUGAAAGAGAAAGGUGCCCUUAAACAAAACAAGGAGGUGCUCGAACUCGCUUUCUCGAUCUUGUAUGACUCCAACUGCCAGCUGAAUUUCAUAGCUCCUGACAAGCAUGAGUACUGUAUCUGGACAGAUGGGCUGAAUGCACUGCUGGGGAAAGACAUGAUGAGUGACCUGACGCAGAAUGACUUGGACACGCUGCUCAGCAUGGAAAUCAAGCUCCGCCUCCUGGACCUGGAAAACAUUCAGAUCCCCGACGCACCCCCACCCAUCCCCAAGGAGCCCAGCAACUACGACUUUGUCUAUGACUGUAACUGAAGCACCCGGGCCCAGAAGCACCCCCUCCAAAACUGGAAGACCUAGCUAACACGAGAGAAGAAUGAAUACGCGCCCACGCCUUGGAAUCCUCUGUGAUAGAGGGAAGCUGUGCAUCGCCACUUCCUUUGGCCUCACCUCUCGCCCCAGCGUUUUUCUGCCCCUCCUCCUUGGCGUUCUGCUCACUGACCUGAUUCUGUAUCUAGACUCCAUUGCUUUAGGUCACCUCGCACGGCUGCCGUCUAAGGGGGGAGAAAAGAAAACCCAUCGCCAGUAAGAGAGCCACAGGGCCCUUCCAUCUUCAUCCCAGCUGGGAAGUGCCCCCCUCCUGGAGUCUGAAAGCCAGCAGCACCAGACUGCCCCCGAACCCGCAGCCAGACCAAGGGGUAUGCCCCAAGGCCUGGAAGAAACGGUCUAGCUGCUUGAGGAGACCAAACACCACCUCCUCGUUCCCCUUCUCCCUGGGGUGCGCUCAUAUCACCAGUUCCAAGUGAAUUGAAAUCUGCUUCCUAAUCCCCUCCCCAAACCCAGCCUUCUCCUGCCUGGUUCCUCUCUGGUCCCCAGAGCAGCAGCCGCCACCGCAUCCUAGUCCUCGCCAGCAUUGGGUCUCCCAGACACGGUCAGCGGGUUCCACGCCCACUUCGUGUCUGCCCUGUGACUGUGACCACCCUUCCUGCCUCCCAGCUCGUCUUGGGUUUCCUCGCCCCACCCCAGCCCAGACCUGCCGUCUUCAUUGCCACACACCCUUGCAGCCCCUUAGCUGAAAGCACAAAUGGUGAAAUCAGUCGUCCAGCGCCAUCUCUAAUACACUCAAUCUGAAAGCCUCAGUGACAGGCACUUGCUCUCUAAGGGUUUGAGGGUCCUUCUCCUGGGGGUUUUGCCGCAACGCAGGUUCCACAGGAUGGUCAGGCUGUUAGACAUCCAAGUUUACAUCAUUGUAAUUACUGCAGGUAUUGACAAUUUGCGAGGGUUUGGGGUUGUUGGUUUUGGGGGGUUUUUUGGUUUGUUUGUUUUUUUGUUUUAUUUUGUUUUUGCUUUGUUUUUGUAUAAAAGAGUCUAACAUUUUUUGCCAAACAGAUAUAUAUUUAAUGAAAAGAAGAGAUACAUAAAUGUGUGUACUUUCCAGGGUUGUUUUUUUUUUUAAUUAUUUUAAUCCUAAACAUCUUCCUGAGAAUAACAUUCCCCUAAACAUGCUGUGGAAUAAAAUUAAUUGUGAUGAGUUGG